UGGCACAUCUCUUUAAACGUCAAAAAGGGAAGCUUUGGCUUGUGACUUGAUUGCUUGUUUGUUAAAUUAUUUUUAAAAAACAAAUUGAAUCACAGUCAAUAACUUAAUUAAGAGCUACAGAUUCAAGUGUUUAAUAGUGCUAUUGUAAAUUGUGUGGACGUUUUGUCUUUUUAUGGUUGGGAUGUGCGUUGUUUGGUUGACGAAUUGACAUGUACCUAUGUAGGAAUCUUAAAUAGACUUUUGAUGUCGGGGCCGUGUUUAAAAAUAACAUUGGAUUGUCGCGACGGGUCGGGCGGCGGUGAUCCCGUCUGCGCCACAAAACACAAUGGCUUCUAAUAUUAUAUUUUGUAUAUCACUGAUUGUCUUAGGUAUCCAUGCAGUACCACCAAGUGAGGAAAAUCUCCCACCUCGGCCUAAAGAAGGAGGUGUGACUACACGUUACUGUGAAUUUUACAAUAACACUUUACCUGAACCUUGCGAUAGGUCCAAAGACGCGACAUGUGUCCCAACAAAUAUUGUCAAAGAGGAGUGUCAGCCCAUAGAGGCUGAUAAGAGCAAUCACUGCUUUACACUAUGGCAGUUCGACAAUAUAACAAACACGGCAACCGUAAAAGUCAAAGGAUGUUUCCUCGACACUGUAGCGUGCAACGACCGAGCGGCGAACUGUCGCCUGCACAACAUGAAACUACCUCUUCUCCACUGCUGCUGUGAAGGUGACAUGUGCAAUGAGAACGCCACUUUCCCUGGACUAGAAGCCGGUAUGCCGCUACAAACAGAGAUUCCGCCGCAACGAGUACCUGCGUCACCUCUGCCUACAGCGGAGGAUGACACGAAAGCAGUCAUCGCGUACACCUUGACACCGUUAUUCCUGCUAUUUGCAGUACUUGUUGGUUGCUAUUUGUUGUACAGAAGACGUAAAGGUGGAUCUUUUGAUGAGCUCGGAAAUGGCGAGGCGUCGCUAUCACGACCGCCGUCAGCGAGCGCUGGUAUGGAAAAUGAAGGUGUGAGCCUAUUGGGACAAGUGACGCUCUGUGAAGUUCGGGCAAGAGGCAGGUUCGGAGCUGUAUGGAGAGCGAAGCUAGGCCAACGUGAUGUCGCUGUCAAAGUCUUCCCCUUACAGGAUAAGCAAUCAUGGGUUGCGGAACAGGAAAUAUAUCGACUACCUCGAAUGGAUCAUCCAGAUAUAUUGCACUAUAUAGGAGUUGAUAAGAAGGGAGAUAAUUUACAAGCGGAGUAUUGGUUGAUCACAGAAUAUCAUGAAAGGGGCUCCCUAUGCGAUUAUCUCAAAGCGCACACGCUUACCUGGUCAGAAGCAUGGCGCAUAGCAGCGUGCGUGGCCCGCGGGCUCGCUCACUUGCACGAAGAGGGCGGUGGGAAACCGGCCAUUGCACAUCGAGACUUUAAAUCGAAGAAUGUGUUAUUAAAAGCGGAUCUAAGCGCUUGCAUCGCUGACUUCGGUCUAGCGCUGAUAUUUGUCUCUGGGCACGGGUGUGGUGAUGCGCAUGGGCAAGUCGGUACAAGGCGGUAUAUGGCCCCUGAAGUGCUAGAUGGAGCUAUUAACUUUACCAAAGACGCAUUUUUGAGGAUAGAUAUGUACGCGUGCGCGCUCGUGUUGUGGGAGAUUGCUUCUAGGUGCGAAGAAGGUCGUAUCGACCCAACGGCGCAGUACCGUCUCCCACUAGAAGAGGAAGUGGGUUCGCAUCCCGGCUUGGAAGAGAUGCAAGAAACGGUUGUGCAAAGGAAGAUGAGGCCACAUAUCCCGCCGCAGUGGAGAGAUCAUCCUGGUAUGUCUGUCCUCUGCGACACAAUGGAAGAGUGCUGGGAUCACGACGCCGAAGCCCGGCUUUCAGCCUCUUGUGUGCUCGAACGUAUUGCGGCACAACGCCCGACCACAAACUUUACAGACACCACUCCACUUCUAAUACAUGAGCUGAACGAGCAGAACUGCUGACCGCUGCUAAAUAUGGAGGAUCUACCGCUGAUCACGUUCUGAUGGUGAGUCUGGAGUAGAAAUGAUUUAGGGUUAGGUUUCGGAGUAUAUAGGGUAGAGGUAAGGGGACAAUCUUUAUGAAGUUCGUUUGUAUGUAAUAAAACUAUAUAAUAUGUGUACCACUUUUCGGACACGACAUGGCUUCUUAUUAUGAAUUGAAUCAGCAGAUCUGCUGACCUAAGUGAGUGUGGGGUCGUUAGAAAUAAUGUUUUAGAUUCAAGUUUCGUAGUAUGUUGAAAUCUUUAUAGGGAUCACUUGCAGGCAGUUCCAAGCAGCUAAAAUCUCUCUGCUGAAGUGUGAAUGUCAGUCAAUAGUAGGAAAUUGAAUUUAAAUUGAUUGCAGUAUUCAAACUUUUGCCUGAUCUGUCAAUAGGACCUCUAUUUAUGCAGGAUAUGUAUUAUGUUAAUUUAAUUAAACAACUGAUGGGAAAACUUUAUGACCAAGCAGAAGAGGAAAUUCAUAAUAAUUAUGGCAUUCCUUUGUAAACUUACUAUUACAGUUAGCUAUAUUAUGUAUUAAUUUUCCACAAACGCUGCGAAAAGACAUUGUCCUUAUUAUCUCUACUCUACAUAUUUCUGAAAAGUGGUACAAACAGUUGGCGACAGUGAUACAAAGAGUACACAAAGUCCUUUCAUAAGUUGGGAACACAUCUACUGAUGUGGAUAAAUAUCAUAAGAAAAUAUAUAGCAUAAGAGUUGUUUCUCAAAAAUAUAAAAAUCAAGGCCUAAGCAUUGCUAUGGCCAAAUAGCAAUUGAAAUUGCUAUGUUAACAAUUCAUAAUUGCACAAAAUUAGAUAGUCAUUUUGGAACAUUAAUUUCAAAACAGAACUUAGAAUUAUUUUAAAAUUAAUGUUUCAUUUUUACUAUUUAACUGCACUAUUGGAAAAAAAAGUUUGAUUUUAAUUCUCUAGGAAUUUUUCGUAAAAUAUCAAAUCUUUGGCAAUGUUUACAAAAUUUUGAUGUAUAACUGUGUAGGUGUGAUUGUGAUGUAAAUUGUCGUAAAAUAACAUUUCCCUGUAGUUUCGAUAAAAUAAAUAUUGGGACACUAUAUUGUACACUUAAAAAAAUAUGAUUUAACUUAGAAAAGUUGUAGUAUAUAGGUAACAUUACCUACUAGUCUUUUGUUUAAAAUAAUUAUUGACUAAAAAAAUUGCGUAUUGACAGUUCCGAGAUCAGACAACGAUAAAAUUUUAUUUAAUUUUAAAAUAUGACUAUGAAUGACAGUGUACAAAGUAUUGACCCAAUUUAUCAUCUGAUGUUGUUUAGUUAUUGUGGAUAAAAAGAUCGUUCACAAUUAUUAAAGUGAUGAAAAGACGCGAAAGGAUAAAAAUGUUUGCAAUAUCGUAGGAACUUUUAAUAUCAUUGGUAUUGAAUAAGGUGGAAUCAAAUAUCAUAAGUAGGUUUAAAGCAGAGAAAAAUCAUUUCAAACCUCGAUUGAUAGAGAUAAAAUGUAGGCAUAAUAAUUAUAAGACAGGCAUUUUCUGAGGAGAUAAUAUCGUAAGAAAAUGAUACAAAAAUUUGAGGGUAAUUUUAGAAACUUCUAAUAAUCUUUUAUUUUUGGUAGUAAAAUUAUUUAAUUAUUCUUUUUGUAAAUAUUUUAAAAUGUUUACUGUAUAAUAACAUAAUAAUGAAAUAUUUUAUAAAGAUUUUG